AUGGAUGCGGCGAGGAAAUCAGCGCCAACCACCGGAGGGGUGAAGAAGCCUCACCGUUACCGUCCAGGAACCGUGGCUCUUCGUGAGAUUCGUAAGUACCAGAAGAGUACUGAAUUAUUGAUCCGCAAGCUUCCCUUCCAGCGUCUUGUUCGUGAGAUUGCUCAGGACUUCAAGACGGAUCUGAGGUUCCAGAGUCACGCUGUGUUAGCUCUCCAGGAGGCGGCUGAGGCAUACCUUGUUGGUUUGUUCGAAGAUACCAAUCUCUGCGCAAUUCACGCUAAAAGGGUUACAAUCAUGCCUAAGGACAUUCAACUUGCUAGGAGAAUUCGUGGAGAGCGUGCUUAA